AUGCGUACAAAGAAUAACAAACAUCAAAAGAAAGUUGUGUAUGAGAAGAAAACUAGAAAAAAUGAAAAAGAACCAAAACAACAACAAUUACAUUAUAGAAAAAAUGCUGUAUUAUUCAUUAAUGAACAUAUUCAUAAACAUGAAAGAUCUAUUUUUGAUAUACCAUUGUCAUUAUUAAAUAGUGAAAAUUAUAGUGAUUUACUUGUUUUACUCACUCUAUUUCAGUUACCUCCCGAUAUUCUUAAAGAUUUGACAGAAUCACUACUUCGUCAUAUUGAACAAAAAGAUGAAUGA